CAAAGAGGUGGUUUAAUGGUCGUCGAUAUAAAAGCACUGUCGCUUUCUGCGGCGGCUAGUUCUUUGGGUCCUAUAGAGAGUAAAAGAAUAAUAACGAUGAAGACUUUAGUUGUUUUGGCUUGCCUGGUUCUAUCGGUGUUGGCUGCUGAUAAGUAUAACUCAAAAUAUGAUAACUUCGACGUGGAAACGUUAAUUACAAAUGAGAGACUCCUUAAAUCGUACGUCAACUGCUUCCUGGACAAAGGUAGAUGCACAGCUGAAGGAUCUGACUUUAAAAAAACAUUACCCGAAGCCGUCGAAACAGUGUGCGGUAAAUGUACUGAGAAGCAAAAGGUUAACAUAAGGAAAGUCAUUAAGGCUAUUCAACAGAAAUUCCCGAAACAAUGGGAAGAACUCGUUAAGAAAAAUGAUCCUUCCGGAAAACACCGUACCAACUUCGAGAAAUUCAUCCAGGGUAGCUAAACAGCUCAAAGCAUUAGCUUAGCCAAAUUAAAAUAGCAUUUAAGUGAUAUAUUAAUAAGGUUUAAUUUCAAUAUUUCAAAUAAAAUACAAAUUGGUAUUGAGAUUUGUGAUAGAGGUAAUGAAGAUGCGUGAUUCUUAACGUUUGUUGAGAUUCAAUGUGAUAUGAUAUUGUUUACGUCAUAUUGAGGAAACCAUUUGAAGAUGGUGGAAAAUGUUUAUUUAUUAUUCGUAUUGGUGUUGACUGAUUGUAAUAAAAGA